AUGACUUUUUUUAAAAAAAUAUUUGGCAGAAAUAAUUUUAUAAUUGUGAUACUAGAUAAAAUAAAACAAAUAUUAGAGGGGACUCAUCCUCAAGGUACUGACAAUACUAAUACUUGUACUGUAGGUGAUGAUAUUACUACUGCUACUACCGCCGCCAGCACCAACACCACUACUAAUGAUAGUAGAAAAAAAAUGCUACCCCAUUCAUGGUCAUCACCAUCAUCUUCACUGCUACAAAAGAAACUAACUAAUAAUAAUAAGAAUUAUCAGUUUGACAGUGAUGUGGAAUUGCUUAGGUUAGAAAAAGAAUUAAAGAAAAAGAAAAUUAUAACUAAACAAGAUUUGGUUGAAUACAAUAUUAAAUUAACGGAGAUUUAUAGAAACAAAAACAAAAGCACAAGUUCGCGUAGUGUUACAACUACUACAAAUACAACUGCUGUGAGUAGAAAAUCAUCAAUAAUAACAGGUAUUAGUAACACUAGUGGUAUAAGCAAUAGAAGUUAUAGUACUGGUGGUUCUACUAUGAGUAAAAAAAGUAUUAAUAAUUAUCAUAACAAAAACUAUAAAAUAGUAACGCAACCAAUGAGGGGGGAAUUAAAAGAUACAAUCAGGGAAGAGGAAGAACGACAACAAGAGGGUAAUAAUAGUAUUAACACAGUUCUGACACCUACAAUAUCACAAGAUGUAAUGGAUAAUGGUAAGAGCAGAACUAAUGCUACUGUCGCACCCACUGGCUUCGCUACAGAUAAUUUGUUUGUUAAAGUUUCUAAUAUAGGAAAUAUAGAUAAAGCAUUUAUUAUACCGGUAUAA